AUGUCUUCUAUCGCGGGUAUCACACGCAUCACCACACUCACGUCAUUGUGUCUCGCGGGUGUGGGCAAUACGGACAGCGAAGGCGAUGAGAAGGCCCUCAUUCCACUGGAGCCCUUGCAGAAUUUGCAGUCGUUAAAUCUGGACUAUCAUCACAAAAUCUCAGACGGCAACGCGCAAAGCCUGGUUAAG